AUGGAGUCAAACAGUACAGAUGAUGAAAUAAACCACCCUACUCUUCGUUCGUCUGAAUUUUUGUUUGAACUAUUAAUACCUAUAAUUGCCUUUUUGAUUUUUGAAAGAUAUCAACUAGAAGGAGGAAUUAAAUGUUUAUUUGUUUGGGUUUGGAGUAUGGCAAAAUUAGCAUUAUCAAUUUUUUCAGUAAUUUUUGUGGCAAUUGCUCUUCAUUUAAGAAAUGAUAAUCUUUUUAGGGUAUAUCUUAUUUUUGUUGUAACGCAGUUUUUUGUCAUGAGUUUAUAUAUAUAUAGUGAACGUGAGAAAUUUUUUCCACUUAAUUUUCAAACUCAACACAGUGAACAAACUCCAUCCAGUAACCAUGUAUCUGACGAUAGUGGUUCUGAUAAUGUAAUUACAAGAAUAAUAACAAUGUAUAUGAACCUUCCUGAAGAUUAUAGAUUCCAAUUACAAUUUUGGUUUAUUAUGUUUUUAAUUCAUAUUGCAUUUUAUAUAAUUGCUCGUAGUAAUGGGAUAGUUUUACCGAUUUCCGAUUCAUUUUUAAUUGUUCCUAUGUCAUUUUUUUUUAUCUUUGCCCUUGUUACGUUUUUAUUAAGACCAGAUGAUAAAAAUAUUUUACGUAUGUCUAAAUUUCAAAUAUUAAAAUAUGUUGAUAAAUUACGACUUCAAAUUGCAGAAAGGCAUUAUGAUAAAAAAGAAUAUAAGAGAGCUUGGACUAUUUUUUCAGAAAUUGAUUCUUGUAAAUUCGGACCAAAAUAUUAUUCAAACAAAGCACGUAAUAUAUUUAAAUUUACUGCUAAAUUUUGGAUAACAAUUUAUAUUUUAGAAGGAAGAGAAUAUUUUGAAGAAGGAUGGAAUCUCUUAUUGGAAGUAAGUAAGGCUGAGUAUUCUUAUGAUGCCAAAUAUUAG